CAACUUUAUGUGGCUAUAAAUACAAACAAAAAAGAGUUGGGGGAAAAACACACAAUUAAAGUCAUAUUCCUCUUUCUCCUUUUCCUUUUCCCUUCAACAAACAUUACUCAUUUCUAUCAAAACCAAGAGACAAUGAACAAAGUUCUUCCGUUCACAGUUGUUUGUCUUUUCGUGGUGGCCGUUCUUGGCAGAGUUCGUGUUGCAGAGGCGGUGAGUUGCAACCCUGUGGAGCUGAGCUCAUGUUCCGGGGCAAUCACGUCGGGGAUGAACCCAUCCAGCAUUUGCUGCAACAAAUUGAAACAGCAGGAAGAAUGUCUUUGCGGGUACAUAAAGAACCCAGCUUUGGGGCCUUAUGUGAAUUCUCCUGGCGCCAAACGUGUUGCUUCCAAAUGUAGGGUUCCCAUUCCAAGUUGUUAGAGGCUCUUGCUUUUGGGCCAUAUUUGUGGAAAUUAGGCUGGAAUAAUCUUAUAAUUAUUCCUAAAAAUAAAAUAAUAAAAGGAAAGAACGAUCUAUGUUUUUUUUUUUUUUAAGUUAUUAAACUAUGUUCAAGUCGAUGAUAUAUGUCUUCUUUUCUUUUUUUUCUCUUUUAAUGAAUAAAAAUAAUUGGUAUGGUAUGUUUCUAUAAA